AUGUAUUUGCUCAUAUUUUGUGUGUUGAGGAAAAGAAGAAAGUCAACAAAUUUGGGAUUCACAUUUGGAAUUUCUCUAUUGAAAGUAUCAUAUGAUGAUCUUUUUAAAGCUACCGAUGGCUUUUCUGAAGCGAAUUUGAUUGGUGCUGGAAGUUUUGGUUCUGUAUACAAGGGAAUCUUAAGUCAGCCAGAAGCACAAGUUGUUGCUGUGAAAGUACUAAAACUUGAGACUUCAAGAGCAUCAAAAAGUUUCAUAGCAGAAUGUAAAGCCUUGAAAAGGAUGAAGCAUCGAAAUCUUGUCAGAAUUAUCACCGCAUGUUCAAGUAUUGAUUUUCAGGGGAAUGAUUUCAAAGCUCUUAUCUACGAGUUUAUGGUUAAUGGGAGCCUAGAAGAGUGGCUACAUCCAACUCAUAGCGCAAAAUUGGGAGAAGAACACAAGCAUUUGAGUCUUAUAGACAGGGUUAACAUUUCCCUUGGUCUGGCAUAUGCUUUGGAUUAUUUGCACAACCAUUGCCAUGUGCCAAUAGUCCAUUGUGAUUUGAAGCCAAGUAAUGUUCUCUUGGACAGUGACAUGAAUGCUCAUCUUGGAGAUUUUGAAUUGGUGAGGUUCCUCCCAGAUGCUUCCCAUCCAUUUUCCUCAGAACAAAUUAGCUCUCUUGGGAUACGAGGCUCCAUUGGAUAUAUUGCCCCAGAGUAUGGCAUGGGAAGCGAGGUGUCAAAGUCAGGCGAUGUCUACAGUUAUGGAAUCCUGCUAUUGGAGAUUUUUACAGGGAAAAGGCCUUCUGAUAUUAUGUUUAGAGAUGGUUUGAAUUUGCAUAGCUUUGCUCUAACAGGUCUUUGUAGUAGUGUGGAAGAAAUUGUAGAUGCCGUACUUCUUCAAACAGAAGAUGAAAGUAGCAGCAACACCACUCGCAACAGGAAUAAUAGGGCGCAAAAUCAACGCAUUCAUGACUGCUUGAUUUCUGUUAUUAAAAUUGGAGUUGCUUGCUCUGCCAAGCUGCAAAAAGAGAGAAUGCAUAUUGCUGAUGUUGUUUCUGAACUUUGUCACAUAAAGGACAGACUUCUAGGGACAGCCAUGCAUAGGGAGCAUUAAGAACUGUCCAAAAAGUAAGCAUUCUCUCACUAUAAUUGUUACAUUAUAAAUCCAUAGUUUUUGUUACAAAUGGGAAAUUGUACCUGGUUUCUAUGUGUGAAAAUUAAGUCUUAAUAA